AAAACUGGUUUUUUACGUGCGGUCUUGGAGAGGCAACGCGCGAGUAGCCCAACGAAGCCAACAGCAGUUGGCAAUGAGCAACGGCUGCGAGCGGGAGUUGCUGUUUGUUGUUCCAGGAGGUGAUCGUGAGUGUUUGGGUGAGAAGAGAAGGUGAUCCGCGGGAUAUCAGCAGCAUUCCAUCAGCAAACAAGUAAAAUGGCGUCGUACUGUGGAGGUUUUCUUUCACGAAAUAUUCCCUACAAUUGACAUUGAUCGUGAAUUUUUCCAACUAGGAGAUUUCCGUUCGAUCGACUGACCAAAUAGGUGAUCGCGACGCAACUUGACGAUAUUUAUAUGAACCAAUGUGCUGAAUAAUGCAUGUGCAGUGUCUCAUGAAAUAUGACUAUCUAAAUGUGCGCGGAGUACAUUCUCCUCAAGAAAAAGUGAUCGAGACGCGAUCGUUGCAAUUUUUGAGCGAAUCAUUGGAGAUCAGGCUAUUUUAGUGUGAUUUGAAAUAAUAUUUGUGUAAAGGUAUUUUAGUUGUUUGAUCUCCCACAGACUCUAUUGAUAGUUUAUUGAUCGGUCGCCGACCUCAAGAUCACAGGAAAUUUAUUCAUGUGACGAAAAACAAAUCAUGAAAGUGAACUCUUCGGGAUCUCUCUGGGUGAUCUAGUAGAGUGUAAGUUAAAUAAAUAUAAAUAAUAAUAAAAAGAAAAAAGAAUUAGGGACUGGGCAAAGAGCCAAAGACAAGGUGAAUACGAUCGCGAUCUUCAAGUGAUCGUGGAGGUGUGAAGUUUGUAUGGAAAAUUCUCAAUACAAAGAGUGAUCGUUUUUUUAUUUUUGGAAUAAGCAAAAAAAAAGUGAGUGAUCGUGAUCGUUUUGUGGAAUAAAGUGUUGGAGGGGAAAAAAAAUCAAGUUGGAGGAUUAAUUUACCAACAUUGGGAGAGGCAGAGGAAACAAGAGCAGAAGAUUGUGGUGCCUACACACUCCAAGCCCCGGAUUAAUUCGACGCAUUCCUCAGGACGGUUUCUUUUUUGCAUCCAACACCUCGUCUAUUGAUGCUGAGUCUACCUGUCUUAUGUAGGACACAGAAAUGCAGAAUGGGUCUUCACAAGGGCCUCGGGAGGAUAGACUUCUUCCCAACAGCAAAACACAGAUGGAUUCCGGGCGGACGGCACUGCAUGAGGCGGCUUGUGGGGGAGAUGAGAAGGCACUAGAGGCUCUGCUGGCAAAUGGUGCUGACAGAAAUGCCAAGGAUUCUCGCCAUGGGAAUACAGCACUGCAUGAGGCAGCAUGGCGUGGGUACAGUCGAUGUGUGAAGGCUCUGUGUGCCCUGCCGAAGCUCAAGACACCCAAAGAGUCCAGCCGGCAGCUAAAAGGUGUCAUCCAGGAAACACGUGGUGCCCUCCACAGUGCUCUUUUGGGCACACGGAACUUUGGUGGCUUCUCAGCUCUUCAUCUCGCUUCCCAGAAUGGCCACAAUCAGAGUUGUAGAGAAAUUCUACUCGCUGGCGGUGAUCCCGACGUUCAAAACAAUUACGGUGAUACACCACUGCACACAGCCUGUCGAUAUGGCCAUGCAGGGGCCACGAGGAUCCUCCUGUCGGCCAAGUGUGACCUUCAGCGGGUGAAUCUCAAUGGUGAUACAGCUUUGCAUAUUUCCUGUGCGAUGGGACGUCGAAAGCUCACGAGGAUCCUCAUUGAGGCUGGAUGCAAGCAGGAUCAGAAGAAUGGACAGAAUGAGACACCCCGUGACAUUGUUAUCCGGAAAGGUUUGACGGAGAUCCUCGAAAUUCUCAAUGCUCCACCCAAAGAAGCUAAAAAGUCGGACAGAGAUCGCAGUUCCAGUAGCUCCAAGAAGGACCGGAAGAGGGAAAAGAGUCGGGAUAAGGGGAAAAAGGGGAUUGACAAGGUGGAUGCACAGCAACCUGAUCCUAAGCAUUGGUCACCAUACGGAUGCCACUACUUCCCGGAUCCCAGGUCCUUUCCAUCACCGAAGCUGGAGACGUUGCCAAAGGAACCAUUGGCCAAGGGGGAACAGUACUACCUGGAUCUGGCGGGGAAUAUUCGAAAGGGACCAAUUGGGGUGGGAAAUACGUGCUACUGUGGUCCCUUUUUCAGGCACAUCGAGGAGAAGAUCACGAAGAAUCGCAAGAGUAUCCGGAAGUAUGUGGAUAGGGCCACGGAGAAGUUGGACAGCAAAGUGACGGCCUUGGCGUUGAGGACGGAGGAUCAAAUUGGUGAGUUGACAAGAUCUAUGAUUGCUGACAGGAUUCGGUGCGAAGGGAGGCGUCUGCAUCUGGAACAGUGGCUGAAGAGGGGAGGCUUGGGAAGGGCAACGACAAAUGAAAAGCAUCACACGAGUAAGUCCCGGAAAGAUGAAGCUAACAACACUCUGACGAGGUGCAGGAGUCUUGAGCUUCUGGAUGAUGCAGUUGAGGGGCGCCUGAAGUCAUCAACGAGUGCCCUGAGUCGAAGUGUUGAUCUCCUGGACACUCACGAGGUGGAAGUGCACAGAAGCGAUGUGGCGAGCAGUGUUGCAACGAAAGAAGCUUCCCGGACUUCAAGGCGAUCAAGUGAACGGAGUUCAACGAACAGGAACGCCAGCGACGGAGGGAAACUCGAUGGGGAAGUGUUGAAUGUGUCUGAGAGAUUGGAAGAACUCCUGACCAAGACACAUGAAAUCAUUGAGAUGGAACGGGCUACGAGGAGGAGAAACAAGGAACUCAUGAAACUCUUUCCGCAUUCCCGGAAAAAAGCCCGGACGCGAAUGGGAACGGCGGAUCUGGAUGACUCGCAGUACAUUGCGGAGGAAAUGGAGAAGAUCACGGCGUCCCUGAUGAAUCAAAUUGUCGGCAAGGAUGAGGAAGAAGAGGAAGUAACUGUGGCUCCAGUGUCGCCGGAGAUUGCCAAAGAGGUGCAGCACGUGAAGGAGAAAGACACAACGGGAAGAUCGAGGAGUCGUAUGAGUGACUCAGGGAGCAGUGUCUAUGUACCUGAUUUCAACCAACGUGUCCGGCAGGGAGCUCCGGAAAUGUCCAUUAACGAGGGAACUUCCCAAACACCGCCAAUGGUCAAUGGCUUCUACCAAAAUAGUUGCUUUGAGGAUCACAAUACCUCCUCCAGCAAUACCAUCAAAUCCGAAAAGAAUGUCUCCAGUAGUCCCCAGGAUUCCCUGGCCCAGAGCGUUGAAGUAUCAGGAUCUGUGGCAGAGGAGAAAGCCGAUGAAAUGGUGUCAGAAUUGACCAAUAUGAGGGAACUGCAUGAGCUAAAAAGUCGCAUUCUCAAUGGAUCUCACUGGAGGAGUCAGGUGUUGAGAAAAAGUGCCCAUGAUCACAAUCGGCAUGAACCAGAUCCAACAGAUCCCAAUGAAGCUGUUGGCCAGGUGGAAAACACCCUGCCGACGAAGUAUGAGAUCAAGAACAGUGAAAUUAAGACGCUAAAGACUCAGCCCAGGAGCAAAGUUCACGAGCUAGUGGCGAAAAUCCAGGGGAAGAUGACAAGAACCAAGGCUCAGCACGUGAAGGAAGAGUCUGAGAGCAGUGAUGAGGACGGUCCGGAUGAUCCUGAGCAUCAGGAUGAAGAAAUGGAACCCGAUGGGUCUCAGAAUUUCUAUCCAACGCACCAGAUGAAUGGCAUGGUGUUCGAUCAGCACAUAGAGGAAUCUCUCCUGCCACUUACCUAUCAUCGAGCACAGCCUCAGGUAGCCAACUAUCGGUCGGGUCUGAGUCAAUCUGGCCAGGCUAAUGGUUGUCUGCCGAAUGGACAGACCACCUGGGCAGCUAAUGGUCAGGCACAUUUCGAUCGAACAGCCUUGAUUCCCAAGGAUGCCUAUUUUCAUGAAUUACCCCACAAAAAUCGCUAUGGAGCUCCGGGAGAUGAGAUGAUCACGAGUUUCUCUGAUUCACGCAAUCGCAAUCCACUGCCGUAUCAUGUGAAUGACUUCCUGGUUCAGCCGGAGUACGAUAAUCCUGUUCGUGUGAUGCCGCAGAGAGAGAAACUGCUGUCAGCGAGGAAAUUUGGGUAUGCCAAUCUCGUGGAAAUGGAAAUGGAGCAGCAGAUGAUGGAACAGGCACAGCUGGAGCGGGAUAUGAACAAUGAUUCUGGCUACAGUACCAAGAUCUGUGGGAGCUCCCAUGGGCCCAGUCCGAGUCUCUCGGGGCAGACGGACAGCGAUCUUGGGGGCACGGCCAAUCGAACGCGUGUUUACAAUGUUGGGGCUUCCAGUUUGGUCUGAAGGGAGUUUUCAUCUGCACUAAUUUAAUAUCCUCACCCCCCAUUAAUCAUCCUGUACAUUUGUCUCUGCGACUUGUUAAUAUGCACAAUUUCUCUCAAAGCUUGUAAAGCAGAUUUAAUAAAGAAAUUUUGUACUA